AUGCCUCGUAGAGAUCUAGAGAGAGACGGGGCAAACAAGAGCUAUUCUUCUUCUGUUCCUCCUUCACGUGUCUAUGAUCCAGAAACUAGCUGGACAUCAUGGCUUGUUCCUUUGUUUGUUGUGGCUAAUCUUGUUAUUUUCAUUCUAGCCAUGUAUAUUAAUGAUUGUCCUGGUAAGGUUCAUGCGGUUGAAGGUGAUUGUGUGUUUAAGUUCCUUGGGAGAUUCGCUUUUCAGCCUACCAAUGAGAAUCCUUUGUUUGGUCCUUCUUCUUUAACACUAACGAAGAUGGGAGCUCUUAAGUGGGAUGCUGUUGUUAAUCAUCAUCAAGGAUGGAGACUUAUCACAUGCAUAUGGUUACAUGCUGGAAUUAUUCAUUUGGCAGCAAACAUGUUAAGUCUGAUCUUCAUUGGCAUUCGCCUUGAACAACAAUUUGGGUUCGUGAGGAUAGGAAUCAUUUACCUUGUAUCUGGAUUCGGUGGGAGUAUCCUAUCUUCUCUAUUCAUUAGAAACAACAUCUCUGUUGGUGCUUCUGGCGCUCUUUUUGGACUUCUUGGAGCAAUGCUUUCAGAACUUAUCACAAACUGGAGUAUUUAUACCAAUAAAGUAGCUGCUUUGGUCACACUUUUGUUUAUUGUUGUGAUCAAUCUUGCGAUUGGAAUGUUGCCACAUGUCGACAAUUUUGCUCAUAUUGGGGGAUUCUUGACAGGAUUUCUCCUUGGAUUCAUUUUUCUUCCUCGUCCUCAAUUUGGGUGGUUAGCACAGCGACAUGUUCCUGCUGGUGCUCGUCUCAAGUCCAAAUACAAGGUUUACCAAUAUGUUCUAUGGAUUCUCUCCGUUAUUCUAGUGAUUUCCGGGUUGUGCAUUGGUUUACUGAUGCUGUUACGAGGCGGAAACGGAUACGACCGCUGCCAUUGGUGUCACUACCUAUCAUGUGUUCCGACUUCAAAAUGGAAAUGCAGUGACAGUUAA